GAGAAGAAAGAAAUCGCCAUCAGUGCAUGAGGACAAGAAAGAGAUCGCAACUUUUCAGACAGAGAUUAAUAGUAUCGCUACGAUUCCCUUUUUACCUUCACAUUCAUCAUCUUCUUCACCGUCACUGUACUUCACGAAACCAUGCUGAAAUCCCGCACGCAGAUUUUCCACCUUCACACUCACAGCUUCAUCACAUAACAAGUACACGUACACUUCUCAUCUCCAACACAACAUCAUGUGUUUUUACUGCUCCAACGUAAAAACAAACACAGCAACAGAAGAAAGAGAAUCAUGAGAUCCUGAACUAACACAGCACACUCACCACUUACUAACUUUCCUACCAGUCUCUUCUUCCCCACCAGUCUUUCACCAUCUCAUCACUUCAUUAACUCCAUCAACACCAACAUUGUUCUCUCACUCUCUUACACACCCACCAUCGCCAUCACCAUCACCAUCACCAUCACCAUGUGUACACUCUUCAACAUUCUUCUUUUGCUUCUCACACUUUCUUCUUGUUCUUCUUCUUCUUCACACCCUCACCCUCGCCGUGUUCUUCACCAACCCCUCUUCCCCAGAAUCUCUAUCCCUCCAACACAUCCUCCAGCUUUAUCCCCUCAACCCCAAAAGCAACACCAUUUACCCAAGUUUCCAUUUUCAUCUUCUUCAUCGUUCUCGCCUCCACCACCGCAAAAACCUUUCUUUCCUUCUUACCAUUCCCCUCCACUCCCUCCUUCCCCCACCGUCGUUGCUACUUUCCCCGCUAACAUCUCCUCCCUCCUCCUCCCCCACCCCUACUCUCACCACCACCGCUCCGCCGCCGCCCUCGCCGUCUCCCUCUCCCUCUUCUCCCUCGCCCUCCUCGCUGCCGCCGCGUUCUUUCUCCUCCACCGCCGCCGCGCUAACAGGACUUCCUCCUCCGACGCCACCCAUGACGACGACGAUGAGAAAGGCUCGAGAUCCGACAGCCUCCGCCUGUUCCCGCCGAACGCCGCCGCCUCCGACGGCGUCGAUAGAAAACCCCGCGGAAAGUCCUCCCCGACGUCGGAGCUGCUCUACCUCGGCACGGUAGCGAACUCGGUGAACUCAACGCUAGACACAAGCUCAAGCCCCCACGACGACGGUUUCCGGCCACCGUAUCAAAAACUCGGCGACUCGCCGGAACUGAACCCACUCCCACCUUUGCCACGUCACAAAUUCAAACCAUGGAUGAAUGAAGAUGACGGUGAUAAAAAUGUGAAAGAAAAAGUGGAACAACAAGAAGAGGCAGAAAAAGAAGAAGAAGAUGAACAGUUUUUUUCUCCAAGAAGUUCUUCUGGUGGGAACAAUCAACAUAGUCCUCCUUCUCCUUUAGCCGUUGCUGCUUCAAGUUCGCACGUGAAUAAUAAAAUCAGUUCUACAAGCUUCACUUCUCGAACCCCUUCGUACCCUCGUUCCAAUUCCCUCUCUUUCUCUCGUUCCCCGUCUCUUAAUUUCAGCCCCGCAAGUGUUAAAUCACUCCCUCCGCACAACCAUGCUUCUCCUUCUUUCUCUUCAUCAUCUUCUUCUCCCAGGGAAGAAUGGCAUGUUCCUUCAAGGGACCAAAAUUCUCCCGCGAGAAAUUUACCUCCUCCACCACCGCCGCCACCUCCGCCGCCUCGGAUUUGGGAAGCUCCAGUUUCUGUUAGGAAAGUGAGCGAGGAGACACCGAAGCCAAAGUUGAAAGCUUUACAUUGGGAUAAAGUGAAGGCCAGCUCGGACAGGGUCAUGGUUUGGGACCAGUUGAGACCCAGUUCUUUUCAGUUGAACGAGGAUAUGAUUGAAACGCUUUUUAUGGUAAAUAAUUCCAAGGAGGGUGUCGGGGUUGCGAUUAGAGACAAUGCUCGGCGCCACAUAGUUCAUUCUGCUUCUCCCAUGCCCAUGGAGAAUAGGGUCCUUGACCCUAAGAAGUCUCAGAACAUUGCCAUUUUGCUUAGGGCUCUCAAUGUUACCAUUGAUGAAGUUUGUGAUGCCCUCAGAGAAGGAAAUUGUGAUACGUUGGGAACAGAACUUCUUGAAAGUUUGUUAAAGAUGGCUCCGACUAAAGAUGAAGAAUCUAAGCUGAAGGAAUUUCAAGAUGAAUCGCCCUUCAAGCUUGGCCCAGCUGAGAAAUUUCUCAAAGUUGUUCUUGAUAUACCUUUCGCUUUUAAGAGAGUGGAUGCUAUGCUCUACAUUGCUAAUUUUGAUUCAGAAUUAGAAUACCUUAAAAAGUCCUUUGAAACUCUGGAGGUGGCCUGUGAGGAAUUAAAGAAUAGUCGAAUGUUUUUGAAGAUACUUGAAGCAGUGUUAAGAACUGGAAAUAGAAUGAAUGUUGGCACCAAUCGUGGUGAUGCUCAUGCGUUCAAACUGGACACACUUUUGAAGUUAGCUGAUAUUAAAGGAACUGAUGGAAAGACUUCUCUGUUGCAUUUUGUUGUACAGGAAAUUGUCAGAACCGAGGGUUCUCAUGUUUCUGGUUCUAACCAUCAACAUGCCUCUGACAAUGUCCAGCAAUACAGUCUUCAAGAUGAGGUUGACUUGAAAAAGCUUGGUCUGCAAAUUGUUUCGGGACUUAGCGGGGAGCUCACCAAUGUUAAAAAAGCAGCUGCUAUGGAUUCAGACAUGCUCAGUAGUGAUGUUGCCAAACUUGCCAGAGGAAUUGACAAAGUUAUGCAAGUAGUGAAAUUGAAUGAGGAGUCUCCUUUGAAAGAAACUAACCAAAAGUUUUCGGAGGCGAUGACAGGUUUCUUGGAAAGGGGAGAGCAAGAGAUUUCAACAAUCCAGGCCCAAGAGAAAAAUUGUUUCUCUUCGGUGAAGGAGAUAACUGAGUAUUUCCAUGGAAAUUCGGCAAAGGAAGAAGCUCAUCCAUUUAGAAUUUUUAUGGUUGUGAGGGAUUUCCUUUCUAUUCUAGAUGGUGUUUGCAAGGAAGUUGGUAAAGUGAAUGAGAGAACUUUGGUUGGUUCGCGUCAUUCUGUAAUGCCUGCAAAUCCUAUAAUGCAAUCCUUUUUUCCUGAGAUUAUUGGUAAGCAACCAUCCGAUUCCUCCGAAUCUGACUAAACUGACCAAGUUAUAACAGGUUGAAGUAGUUUGCUAAUGUUUGGUCAGUGACGGGUUAGAUUUUAUCAUCCAAAUAUCAUCAUCGAAGUGACGUUUUCACUCAAAAAUCACCGACUUAGCUAAAGACCCAGCAGCUUUAUCCCUUGCCUGUCAUGAUGAUGAUGAU